AUGGCAGGAACUGUUUUGGGAAAGCGCUCUCGUGUGGAAUCAGAAGCGUUACCAGUACGAAUCUCGAGCAAGCGCCGCAUAAUCGCACCACGAGUGAAGCAAGAGAAGCAGGAGAAACAAGUAAAAGAAACUGCCCCCGUUCCUUCAUUACGGCGAACAAGGUCGACGGUGAAAAAGGAGCUUGAACAACCCGAUCAAGAAAAUGGCGAGAACAAGAUUGCCCCGGAGACUGUGUCUUCCAAACAUACCCUGCGCGAAGAACAGUUCAAGUCGCCUGUGAAAAUCAAUUCGCAUUUCCGUGCCUCAAAACCGGUAGAGGUUGAAUCAGAAAAACUGAAAGAUGUGGCGCCUGAGGCGGCAGCACCCAGAGGCGCACAAGAAAAUGUGAAACCAACCGAGUUCAAAACACCGUCGAAAUCGCGAUUCCGAGAUGCUCUACCGCAAUCGCCUGUCACACCCAGACAUCGAGUGCAGGUGGGCGCAAAGGCGAUAACCCCACGUACCCCCCGCCACGCAGAUCUUCCUCCGACCCCUCGACAGAGUGCCACCCCGACUAUUACACACUCCGUGUAUUCACAAGCUAGGCAAUUGUUUGCCCGCGGUUCCAAUUCUGGUCGGUUAGUGGGGCGAGAUGCGGAACGGGAGAAGCUUGUGUCUUUCCUCACGGAGGGAAUUGAGUCUCGACAAGGAGGAUGUCUUUACAUCAGCGGUCCCCCUGGCACUGGCAAAAGUGCCAUGGUCCAGGAAGUGUGCAAGGACCUCGAUCUUUCUGGUGUGAGAGUUUCUCAUGUGAAUUGUGCCAGCAUGCGAGUUUCCCGCGAUGUCUACAGCAGACUCAUUCAAGAUUUCGGCCAAGAUACAGACGUCUUUAAGAAAAGCGAAGCUGAUCGCCUGAAGUCUAUGUUUGUCCCGUCAAAGAAAGCGGAGGAUCUGUUCUUGGUUACCCUAGAUGAGAUUGACCAUUUACUUAAUGGGGAUUCCGGGGUCCUGCAGUCACUUUUCGAGUGGGCUUUACAAAGCAAGUCCAAGUUGCUAUUGAUCGGCAUUGCCAACGCCCUUGAUUUGACCGAUCGAUCUCUCCCGCAACUCAAGGCAAAGAACUUGAAGCCCCGACUCCUGGCGUUCUUGCCGUACAGUGCUGCUUCUAUCGCAGAUGUCAUGACCAACCGUCUUCGAUCGUUGCUUCCUGCUGGCUCCGAGUCUGAUCCGAAGCUUGUGCCUUUCGUUCAACCAGCCGCCAUUCAGCUUUGUUCCAAGAAGGUAGCCUCGCAAACAGGCGACUUGCGAAAAGCCUUCGAGUUGAUCAAGCGGGCGAUUGAUGUGAUUGAGCAGGAGACUUGGCAAAAGCUAGAGAAGCAAGCCAACGAAAAUGUAGCGAUACUUGGAGAGAACACCAACCUGUCUUCACCAGUCAAAGGAGGCAGUCUACCAAAACCAACUUCGAUGUCAAGCUACACAGUCAUCACUGCACCCCGAGCCAGUAUCGCACACAUUGCGCGGAUCACUUCUGCAGCCUUCGGCCAAGGUACCGUCCAAAGACUUCAAAGCCUAAACCUUCAGCAAAAGGCCGCGAUCUGUGCGCUGAUUGCCCUCGAACGUAAGCGUCGCCAGCUUGAGGUUCCAAGUACUCCAUCCAAGUCUCGCGCCUCGGCGCCAACUAUCAAGCAGGCGUUUGAUACAUACUGCGCUCUGUGUCGCAAUGACAACAUCCUUCACCCAUUGACUGCUACUGAGUUCAAAGAUGUCUUGAGCAAUCUCGAAACAAUGGGCCUGGUUGGAGAAUAUCAGGGCCGUGGCCGAGGUGGAACUGUCGCAGGCGGCACAGACCUACGUCGCACACCUUCCAAGUCCGGUCACGCGCCUUCUACGCCUCAUAAGGCGCUUGACGAACAGGGUCUCCUCUGUUUUGUAUCCCAACAGGAAAUCGAAAGCCAGAUUGCUGGCCCUGGGGAGGGAAUUCUUCGACGCCUUCUGCGGGGCGAAGGUCUCUGA